UCUACUAAUCGCGGAUUAGCCACAACCGACUGCAGUCCACAGCUCUGGGAGGGAGAGGUAGUCGCUGCCAUUCACUACUCACCCUCUGUUUUAUUAUUAGCUCACUUGGAUUUGGCAGCAGGGCUUUUUUUUCUCUCUCUCUCUCUCUCUCUCUCUCAGCGGCAGUGACUUUUUGCGUUGCGCAACCGAGUAGCCUGCACAUAUUGGGAUCUCAGGUAAAGAAUUUGGGAAUACAGCAGAGGGAAGCGGCCGAUUUGGGGGAGGAGGGGGGGGGUGUCAAUGGAAGCGGCCGCUGCAGGUCAGGUAGGACUCAAAUGAUGGCCCCUUUGACUUGAAUCAGCGGCGACACGCUCCUCCGUUUUCCGCGUCCCCGAUGUUCAAGACGGCCAACUACCCGACGGUGGACCCCGCUCCCACCAUCAUGCACGGCGCUUGGCUUACCACGGGCUGCCGAGAAAACACGCCCGUGGCGGUGGAGAAACCCAAGAAAAAGGCGUUCAGCCUGGUCAAAAUCAUGUCCCUCGGCGGCAAGAAAGGGCACGGCCAGUAUCCGCCGCACCACCACCACCACCACCACCACAACAACAACAACAACCUGCCCUUUACCAUCCACUGUCACAUCGGGAAAGAGAUUAAGCACAUUUGCAGCAACUGCAGCCGCGGGAACGACACGCAGGACGCUGAGGAAGUAGAGAGGCUGGCCGCCAUGCGUUCUGAGUCCUUGGUCUCUGGUACCCACACUCCACCCAUCCGUCGUCGGAGCAAGUUUGCAUCUCUGGGACGUCUUCUGAAGCCGUGGAAAUGGAGGAAGAAGAAGAGCGAGAAGUUCAAGCAGACCUCUGCUGCGUUGGAGAGGAAGAUGUCAGUGCGACAGAGCAGAGAUGAGCUGAUCAAGAGAGGAGUGCUGAAGGAGAUCUUUGAAAAAGCAACCGUUGAAUUCCGAUCCUCGAUGGAUGGUGGAAUCUGCACUCAGGAGCCCUCUGUUAAGUCCUCUAUGGUCCUGCCUACCAAGAAAUCUGUCACCUACCCAGGUGACCUUCAGGACACCCCCGUCAAGCCACCGCUCUACCACAAGCAGCCUCCUGCUCUCCCUCCAAAGCCUUUCUCUAGGAUCCCAAACCAUAGCACAGAUUCUUGCCAGCCAAUGAAGUUGCCCUGUAUGCCUGGAGGAAAGCACUCUCCACCUCUGCCUCCCAAGAAAGUGAUGAUUUGUGUGCCUCCAGGGGGGCUGGACUCCUCCACCUCCCCUUCAACGUCCCCCAACCCUCUCAGCACUCUCCCCCUAAAGCUCGCCCCUCCCCAGGGCAUGCCAUCCCAUCACGGCACCCUACUGCCCUCCCAACUUGCCGGUCUGUCCACUCUUCACCAGAGCCACGGUCAUCCGCUCCAGCUGCAGUACGGCAGCUUGCACGCGCCCAGCCGCAUCAUCGAGGAGCUCAAUAAAACCCUGGCGCUCUCCAUGCAGAGGUUUGAAAGCUCUGCCUUGCAUGGCGGUGGUCAGUGUGUGCCUCUGGACAGAAGAGAAGUGCCAUCUGUGAUUAUCGACUAUGAGGAUGACAAGGAGAACAUGCCCAACGAGUCGGACUAUGAAGAUCUGCCCAGCAUGUACAAGGACGAGGACGACGAUGUGGAUGAUGACGAGGACGACGACGAAGAUGACGACUCCAUAUUUACAAGUACUCUGGCUCAGAAGGUGCUGAGAAAAGACUCUCUGGCCAUCAAGCUGAGUAACCGUCCAUCCAAAAGAGAGCUGGAGGAGAAAAACAUCCUGCCCAUGCAGACCGAUGAGGAGAGACUGGAGUCUAGGCAGCAGAUAGGCACCAAACUCACAAGGCGCUUGAGUCAGAGGCCCACAGCGGAGGAGCUAGAACAGAGGAACAUCCUCAAACCUCGCAAUGAACAAGAGGAAAUAGAGGAGAAGAGAGAGAUAAAACGAAGGCUAACACGAAAGCUGAGCCAGAGGCCCACUGUAGAGGAGCUGAGACAGGCCAAAAUUCUCAUCCGAUUCAGUGACUACGUGGAGGUGUCUGAUGCCCAGGACUACGACAGGCGGGCAGAUAAACCCUGGACCCGGCUCACAGCAGCUGACAAGGCAGCUAUACGAAAGGAACUCAAUGAUUUCAAGAGCAAUGAGAUGGAAGUGCAUGAGUCAAGUCGCCAUUUAACCAGGUUUCACAGACCAUAGUAGACCACCACUGUCUCGAGCCGUGCCGGACCGGCGCUCUCCUCCACUGAGAACCUUAAGUGCUGGACAGUAAAAUGGUGCCCGUUUCUACAACAAGGCCAUGUCUUCUGAAAUGCCUUUUCAAGACGCACACAACUGAGUCGUAACUACUACACCACACGAUGCAGAUGCCCACUACUCUAUCCACUGUAGUAGCACAUAAUGACUCCAGUUGAUUCCCUUCGCCCCUCUGUCUCUUAAACCUCUGUGCUGAGCUCUUAGGCAGGCGCUCAGUUCUGCGGCGAUUUGGACAGUGGGAGAGUUUUUGUUUGCAACCGAUUGACACUUGCGACAUCUACUGAGGGCAACUGUAACUUUGGUUCAUCGAAAAUACCAGUGGACUUGUCUCAGUGGACAUGUUUUUAUCCCUCCUCUUUAUUAUGCUGUCACUCUGAACUCCUCUAGCCCUUAUGGACAACUCUGCGCAAGGACGCAGGGUUGAUUGUUCCGAGCUCACUAUAUCAGCAGGAGAUCCGUCUUCAUUGCACCUGCUGGGACUUUGGAGACGGCUUAAAAAGACACACAGGAGGGAGGGAGCGGUCCAAGAUUAGAACCAUGUGCAAUAUGUUUUCUUCUUCUGCUUUUCCUAGACUAUAGCACCCCCUGGAGUCCCCUGUGUGUCAUUACUAUGUAGUGCUGACUUUUCUUCUUCCCCCAUAUGUGCAAUUCUCACUGUACCAACAAUGUUGACAUCUAAUUGCUAACUGUGAAUUUGGGAGUUUGGGCAAUGCCCGCACUCUCUCCAAAUGUACAUUUUUUUCAUACCAAGGAAGGAAAGUUACAUUCAAAGAAGAUUCAUGCUUGACCAAGUUUCAUUCAUGUCAGAAUCUUAUAAAUUUAAUGUAAAAAUUUCAGCUGGCAGAUAUAUUCUGGUUCCAGUGUGUGCAACAAAUAUCUGUUUUAUAUUAUUUUGUCAGUUUUUAAAUGUUUUUAAUAGAGGCACUUCAUUUACAUGUUCUUAAAUGUUCCAGCUCAAUGAUUUGAUGCUUUUUAAAAACAGAAUACCAAGAGCUAGGCUCACCACAUUAUUAUCUCAUGCAUUUAUUUUCAGCAGAGUUUUUAAUGAUCUUUGCUCAUAAUGUGCAUUGUACUAUACACUUUACUUUUAUACUCAAGUCAUCAUAAGUUUUUGACCAAGCAAUAUGUGUUGUUUGUAGAGAAAAGGUUAAACUGCAGGUUUCCCCUAUCAUUUUUUUUUUUGUGUGUGUUUAUACACUACGCCUCACUUCAGGGUUUUCAUUUUCUUUUAUACUUUACUUUAGGAAAGCUUUAUUCAGGAGGACUUUUUCUGCAUUUCUCUUGACUACUCAACCUAAAAAAAACAAACAAAAAACCCUGCCUCUUUUGAACGCUCACCAA